ACAAAAAGACGACCUGACAUUGGAGAGAAUGAAGUCGCUAACGGACAAAGUAAUCCUACGAAACUAUUAUAUUGUUCAGAUUGGACGCCAAUUCCUGAGGCAAUAAGUGAUCGACCAUCAGAAAAUAAUGACCAAGUACUUGAAGUUAUAAGUAAUACGGGUAAUGCACUAUCAGAAGAUAAUGGAGAAAUCCCAGAAAAAGUCCUAAAUAAUGUGUCAUUAGAAAACAGCGAAAGCCUUGUCGUUGUAAUCGAUGCUGCAGCACCCGAUAAUGAUGUUGAAAGCCCUGGAGCCGUAAGUUAUGCGGAUAAUUAUGGUGAAGGAACGUACACAGUCAUUACGCCUUCAGUAACAAUUGGCCACUUUAAUGAAGAGAUACUAUAUUGGCCAUCAUAUGAAUCAACAUACAAAAAAAUUAAAAAUGAAAAGAAGUGGUAUCUGUCUUCAGGACGAAGCAUCGAGGAUGUCCUUUAUGCUUAUGCAUCACAAUUAAAUUAUAAACAACCGGCACAUUCUUUUAUUGUUGAUAC